GGCAAAAAUAAGGCGGCGUCACCGGUCACCGUGGAUCAUGGAAACGUGGCUGUUGACACAACAGGCUGACGAACUGGCAUGCGUGCAUGCUCAUGCUCCAGCUGCAGCGUGGCGCCGGCGAGCGAUCGUCCUCAUGCCUAGGUUUAUGAGUCAGGUCUGCGCUCUAUCAUACACAAGCUCAAUUCGAGUCAUAGUCCUCAUGUGCGUUGUCCCAAUGUGGUGCAUUGCAAUGCUUCGUUGGCAGCCGGAACUAAUCUGAGUCGUCAUUGAGGCCAUCGCGCACAUGAUCAACGCACGCAGUUCAUGCCAUUGAUCGCUGCUCGAACCGAACUGACACGUCAGGCUUCAGUCAGCGACGCCUUUUGCCAAUCCUUUGCCGGGCGACACUGACGGGCAGUGAUAUCACGCGAAGGGCACUACGUGCUGAGUGCUACUUGCAACAGUAUGCGCCACAAGACCAUGCGUCAAGCUGCCCAGAUCGUGCACAUAUGCUCAUACUAUGCCUCUUGCACCUUUGAUCGCGUAUGUAAUCCGCUAUGUACAUCCUGUUUGAUCCGGACUGCAAAUGUUCGAGUCUGAUGUUGAAGUCGAGACUCGUCGCAUUGGCACGCAUCUGCAUUUGCUCUACUGUACAGACGAC